GCCCGAAGAGCGCGCGACGGCGCAGGCACAGCCCUGUUGGUCCCCCAACCUGGUGGGAGCGGCGGGGCAGCUGACGUUUCGCCCGCGCCCGCGUCGCCCCGCUGGGCAGGAAAUCUGUGAUCAACCGCCAGCUGCCAGACUCGAUGCUCACUUGCUGGAGUACCAGACCCAGCAAUGGAGAAACCAAAGGGUGCCGAUACCGCUACUCGGGUGCGUUCGGACCAGGAUUUCGAGGCGAACCCAGCCGUGGUGAAGAGGGCCUUCCAGGAGGCCCAAAGAGGGGAAGACGAGGCAAGGGUAGCGGUAUGGGUACCUUUGCCUCCCCUGAACUUGGAAUACUGGGACCAGCAGGAAAAACAGCUUGAGCCAAUGGUGUGCUACCAAAUCCUGUCGCGCGGAGGGCGCAAGGAGGCAAAGCAUGCUCAGGCAGCGCGGCAGCGGGGAGGUCGAGAGCCCUCAGCCUGCGCCGCAUGCGCGUGAGAGU